CCCACCUUUGUCAUUUGACCCCGAAACGCCGGUGGGUGAGGGUGUAUAGGAUAUUUCCGAGUGUCAAAUUAAACACCCAGUGUCAUUGUUAAAUUAAAAAGUGCUUUUGUGUACAAUACAACCAAGAAUAAUAUUAAAUCUAACAAGAUUCAAGGUACAAAAACUGAAUCGUAAUGAAAUCGACCAACAUGGAGUCCUGUUCGGACCGUUUGAGUCCUUGCAGUGAUCUAACAAGCGAAUCGGAAGCCUCACUCCCGCCAUUUCCUUACGAUAACCAAAUAAACAAUUACUACACGAAUACGGAGGUCGGAGGAAAGCAAUUAUAUUCAUGUAAACAGAAAAACGAAGAGAAAAAAGACUAUAUACAAGAAAGUAAUAAAUUAUUCGAAAACUAUUUGACCGGGAAAAAGCAUUUCAUAUUUGACGUGAAAUUACCAUCGACAAAUGAGAACAUUUUUUCGCAAAUCGAAGGCGAAGAUCGGACGCGUUCGGGAUAUUUCAACGAAAUACAGAAUAUAAAAAGUUGCGUUCAAAAUGAGAAUUUAAAUAUGUCUGAUGUGGAAGUUGCGCCGGCGGUUAAUUUCGAAAAUGUUAAUAAUGUUUUAAACGAAAGGGACAGAGUUCCGCCAUCUUUUUUCGUUGAGAAUGAAGAUAAUAAUAUGGGUGGAUGUUUUAGUUUUAAUUCUGAACAAGUGCAGUGCGUAUGUGAGGCGUUACAACAGAGAGGUGAUAUAGAAAAAUUGGCGGCCUUUUUAUGGAGUUUGCCGCCAAAUGAACUGCUUAGAGGAAAUGACACUGUAUUGAGAGCACGUGCCUUAGUAGCAUACCAUAGAGGUGUGUUUCAAGAACUCUACGCGAUUUUGGAGUCGCACACAUUCUCGCCGAGACAUCACUCCGGUUUACAAGAUCUAUGGUAUAAAGCACAUUAUAAAGAAGCGCAAAAAGUACGCGGACGUCCUUUAGGUGCAGUUGACAAAUACAGAUUAAGAAAAAAAUAUCCAUUACCGAAAACAAUAUGGGAUGGCGAAGAAACCGUUUACUGUUUCAAGGAGAAAAGUCGGAACGCAUUAAAAGAUUGUUAUUAUAGAAAUAGAUAUCCCACACCUGAUGAGAAGAAAGCGCUCGCAGCCAAGACGGGGCUGACGCUCACUCAGGUCUCAAAUUGGUUCAAAAAUCGACGCCAGAGGGACAGAACUCCACAGCAACCGAAUAGACCUGAAAUGUUAGUGCCGGCACAGUACGUGGGGCCACAAGGUGGAUUAUCACAGACCUUCCUGCAGAAUCCAUAUUAUCACAAGCUGCAAGACGCAUCUCAUUAUCUUCACGGAGGUGCAUCCUGAAUGUUGCCUACAUAAAAACUAUUAAACUCGAAGAUGUAAUUAAAUUAUAUUUUUUUAGUUAUUAUGAUCAAGUGGAGAAAACUUUUCGUUCCUAAGCGACCAAAAACUAUUAGUGUCAUUUUUAUUUCCUGCACAAGUUUAACGAAAUAUUAUAGAUAUUGUGAUUAAGGUGAUGAGGAAAGAAAGCCUUUUCUCAUUUUAUUUGUUAGAAUUUCACGAAAA